AUGUUUCUGGCCCGCCACAUAUUCACAGUGUUGAUUCCACAAGUCGCGAGCAUCCCACGGGUGUGCCAAGAACAACGUGCUGAUGGAAAGUUUGUUGAAACAUUUGAGGAUUAUCAUCCCUACAUAUUUCAACAAGCACUUCAACUCCCGCAUCACUCAUAUCCAUCAUUCAGUGCAGCAGUUGAUGAGUUUUAUGCAAAACAGGAGACACAAAAACUGGAACAAAAAGCACUAAACAUUGAAAAAGAGGCGAUCAAAAAGUUGAACAACGUGAAAAAGGACCAAAAGGCUCGGAUUUUGGCAUUGGAAGAAGCAAAACGACAACAGGAAAUUAUGGGAGAAAGGAUCGUUCUUAAUGAAUCACUGAUCGAGCGAGCGUUAAUGGUGAUGAGAACGAUGAUCGCUUCAAGAAGUGACUGGUCGGCCAUAGAGCAAUUGUGGAAACAAGCUGUACAAUCUGGUGACGAAACGGCAACUCGAAUUGUAAAGUUAGAGUUGGAAAGUAAUCAAUUUGUCAUGCGUCUCGGGGACCCAUUCAAUGAAGAAGAGCCUCUAGUUGAUGUAAAGAUUGAUAGCGCUUUAAAUGCGUAUCAAAAUUCACGCAAGUAUUUUGUUGAUAAAAAGGCUGCUGAUGUGAAAAAAGGAAAAACUAAGCGCAAGCAAAGGCAAUUAAGAAUGCUCAAGCGAAAGCAAAAGAUACAAUUGACUUGGUACGAA